AUUGUUAGAUUCCUAAAAGAAACUGAAUGUAUGUUAGGAUAUCAAGUAAGAGAUACUAAAUGGAUAAAAGUGUUGCUCAAUGAAUUGGACAGAAUAAUUGACUCUACAGACAGGGGAGAUGUUUUCUUUGGGAACUACAGACUGAUCUUUUAAAGAAAAAUUAUUCAGACACUUGUAAAACGUUGAGAUUUAUAGCCAAGGAGCAAGGGGGUGGGUUGUCAGUGGAAGAGUGUAGGGAAAUUCUUCCUAAACUGACCUAACCAAUUCUUGCAGAAUGAAGGGCAGUGUGAUCAGCUAUCACCCAUCUGAUGGUGAAGGAUGAGGAAAUUUCAUCAGAUAUCAGUGGUGGUCAGAUAUCAGUGGCAAUCAGAUAUUGAGGAUGGUAAAUUCUUGCCAAACCAACUUCGCAGAAUUCUUGCUCUUAAGGACAAGGCCCAAGAACUGGGCCUGAUCGAAAAAAGGCCUAGGGAAUCCUGACUAAAGUUUAGGCAGAUCUGUUAGAUCUGUCUUUACACUCCUGAUUCAGGGUGGCCCAACAUCCUUCCUCCAUCUUCCUUGACUAAACACCAUCUAGAGGGGGCGAGGGUAUAGCUCAAGAGGUAGAGCAUGCACAAGGGCCUGGGUUCAAUCCCCGGUACCUCAAACAAAGAAAUCAAUAAACCGAAUUACUUCCCUCCUCAAGCACAAAAACAAACACAAAAACAAAAAACCCACAAUCUGGAGUAUUUUCUCUUUUCUCCCUGACCAAAAAUAUACAUAGACUGGCAAACUGGCGUUAUGCUUUGGAGGGCAUGCAUUUGAACUGAAAUAAGAUACUGUUUAUUCGCUUCUGCUAACAGUGGACACCUUGUGUCUGAAUGACUAUAAAAACGGUAUGUUUAUUUGGAUUUGUAGCCUUUGGUGGCAUCUGAAAUAGUAUUUUUAGCCUCUGAGAACAUGCUGAACUUCACCGAGUCUGAAAUAGUAUGUCUCCAAACACUUGGGUAAUCAGCUGCAGAGAGCACUUGGCAGCAUAUGAUGAAGACUCCUUUAAACAGCAGGCGAAGCUCACCUGGGUAUGCCGUUUCCCAACUUCUACCGGCGGAACUCGGCCUUGCUCUUCCUGCAGAAACCUGUUCGCACGGAGUCUGCGGAACUGCGGGGACUACAUUAUCCAGAAUGCUCAGAACGAGCGGCAGCAGCGCCACCCAAUGAGAGCUUAGCGCGAGGAAGUCAUAAAAGCUGAGGGCGGGACUUCCGGCAUCCUCCUCACGGUGGCCAUGUUAGCUGCUCCCGGUUUUGUUGAAUCGGUGUGAGAGGUUCGGGAGUUGUGGUUCAUUCUGAGGUGACCGAACCGAGAAGGUCAGAGAGGAGGCGCUGUCCCCGCCGCACAGAGGCCGGUCCGAGGUUUGGCGACGCCGCUUGGGGACCCCCGCGCCCCCCUCCUCUCAAGCCGCUCCCGCCCUCAGACACCGAUGGCGGCGGCUGCGCUGAGGGACCCGCCUCAGGGCAGUGUGACCUUUGAGGAUGUGGCCGUAUAUUUCUCCUGGGAGGAAUGGGAUCUCCUUGAUGAGGCUCAGAGAUGCCUGUACCACAACGUGAUGCUGGAGAACCUGGCACUUAUAACCUCCUUGGGUUGGCAUGGAGCAGAGGAUGAAGAGGCAUCUUCUGAACAGAUCAUUUCUAUACAAGGAAUGUCACAGGUCAAGGAUCCCCAUACAGCUGUGUCCCCCCAGAAGGCCCAUCCUUGUGAGAUAUGUGGCCUGGACUUGAGAGACAGUUUGCACUUGACUGAGCACCAGAGAACACACUGUGGGCAGAAAUUGUACAAUAUUGAGCCAUCGGGAAAACAACUGUAUUUCUGUGCAGAACUUCAGCAUCAGAAGCAGCACGUUGGGGAGAAAUGCUUCAGAAGCAACAUGGACAGAAGCUCUUUUGGGAAAGACUGCAGAUUUUUUGUGUUGGGGAAGUCUUUUCCCUGUGGUGAGGCCACACACACUAGGGAGAAGUCAAACAGGAGAAAUGCAUGUGGGGCAGCCUUUCACAGGGGAAAAACUCAUUACAACUCUGGAGAAUGCACAAAGGACUUUGGUUACAAACACGUACUCGUUCAGCACGAAAGAGUCGUAACUAGAGAAAAAUGCUACAUAUGUAGUGAAUGUGGUAAAUCUUUUAGCAAAAGCUAUAGCCUCAAUGACCACUGGAGAGUUCACACUGGGGAAAAGCCCUAUGAGUGUGGGGAAUGUGGGAAAUCCUUUAGGCAGAGCUCUAGCCUCAUUCAACACCGGAGAGUUCACACUGGAGUAAGGCCUCAUGAGUGUGAUGAAUGUGGAAAAUUAUUUAGUAACAAAUCUAACCUCAUUAAACAUCGGAGAAUUCAUACUGGAGAGAGGCCUUAUGAGUGUAGUGAAUGUGGGAAGUCCUUUAGUGAAAGCUCUGCCCUCCUUCAGCAUCGGAGUGUUCACACCGGAGAAAGGCCUUACGAGUGCAGUGAGUGUGGGAAAUUCUUUACAUACCACUCGAGUCUCAUAAAACACCAGAGAGUUCAUUCUGGAUCAAGGCCCUAUGAGUGCAGUGAGUGUGGAAAAUCCUUUACUCAGAACUCUAGCCUCAUUGAACACCAUAGAGUUCAUAGUGGAGAAAGGCCUUAUAAGUGCAGUGAAUGUGGGAAAUCUUUUAGCCAGAGCUCUGCACUUCUGCAACAUCGGAGAGUUCACACCGGAGAAAGGCCUUAUGAGUGCAGUGAAUGUGGGAAAUUCUUUACUUACAGCUCCAGUCUCUUAAAACACCAGAGAGUUCACACUGGAUCAAGGCCUUACGAGUGUAGUGAAUGUGGGAAAUCCUUUACUCAGAACUCCAGCCUCAUUAAACACAGGAGAAUUCACACGGGAGAAAGGCCUUAUGAGUGCAGUGAAUGUGGAAAAUCUUUUAGCCAUAGCUCCAGCCUCAUUAAACACCGAAGAGUUCAUACUGGUUAAAGGCCUUAUGAGCACAGUGAAUUUGGGAAAUUGUUUACCCAUAGGUCCAGUUUUAAUGUUCACACUGGUGAAAGGCUUUAUGAAUACUUGAAUGUGGGAAAUUAUUUACCUCAAACUCCAGGCUUCUAAAACACUAUAACAUCACAUUGGAUGAAGGCCUUAUGAAUAUGGCAAAUAUGGAAAAUCAUUUAGCCAAAGUCUUGCCUCGUUAUACUCCAGAGAAUUCACAGUGGAGAAAGGCCUUAUGAGUUCAGUGAAUGAAAGAAAGCCUUCAGCUGAAGGUCUUACACCUCAUUGGAUACCACCAAUUUCAAGUGGGAGAACUAACUUCAGUGUGCAGGUACAUACGACUUCUGUUCAGUGUAACAACAAUGGAGAAGAUCCUUUAUGAAGAUGCUGUUUGCCUGUAUUGAACCUCAGCCAAACAUCCACAUGAAUUCCAGGCGAUACUGCAUCGUGCUCAGCACUGAUGAGGGAAGCCUGUUCCCUGGUCCUACAGCGGAGCCAUGUGCCCAGAUGUCCUGAAUUCUGUAGGUGUUACAGUGGCGACUGCAAAUAAGCCCACCUGGGAACUCGGGAACUCCCUCGUGGCUCUGGGUAGCCCAAGUGGCUUUCCUAGGAUCCGGACCCGUCCAGAAGACGUUCGCGCCGAUCGUCGGGCGCCGCUUGGCGGCCACUUUUAUAGCACCUUCCCUCCGGAGCUUCGGCGUGCUUUGCAAAGGAAGGGAUUCGGCCGCGGUAUGCGAGGUAGAGUUCCGGGAGGCCGGCGGCACAGGCGGGAUCUUCCUGGUCUUGCGGGUUGGGCGCAAAUCGUGCUCUCGGCGGAGAUUGGACCUACAGGUAAGUGGGGAGCGAUGGGCGAUGGGCGAUGGGCUCCGGGUUCGAGACUCUGGCCUCCGCGAGGAGACCGACCUCGGCUCGGCCUCCGCGGGGAGAGGAGAGGGUGUCCGCGUCCAAAGGCCCGUUCUCUGGAGGUGAGAAUCGGCCUGGCUCAGUGGCGAGUCCGGACCCCCAGGCCAGGACAUCGCGCCAUGGUCCCAACGGAAGGAGUGGAGGGGGCUACCUGGCGGUGGUUGGGCCUCGUGCUCUCGGCGCCGAUGGGAAGAUGUGAAUUCUCCGCGGACGUGCUGGUGGGGCUCUUCUGCCCUUAAAAUUCGUCCGACUCUCAGCGGUGCUUUGGUGAAGACAGUGAACAGAAUUCUCCGGCUUAAACAUCUGCAAAGUCCUCAACGUCAAGUGACACAAAAUGUGUAUCACUCUGAAUACUACAAUACUGCUGCAUAUGAAAGAAAGAACAUCCCAGCUAAGCAACACUGAGACAUCUCUAGCUGAAAUCCCUACAUUAAUAAAGGAGUUUUCUCCAACCACUUUAUGCUAGCCUUCAACCUUAAUGUACUAAAAAGAGCAUCCUACAGCUAGCAGAAGGCAGGAAGUAAUAAAGAUCAAAGCACAAAUUAAUAAAAUAGUAUAAAGAACUCAGGGAAACGAUGAAGUUCGCCAACUUUGCAUUUGAUGGGGGUCCCAGAGGAAGGUACUCAGAAAAUUUUUGAAGAGAUAACUGAAAACGUCACACAAGAUCAACUGAAAGAAACACACCAAGGCACGUAGUAAACUGACAAAGAUUAAGACGAGGGAAAUACUAAAAUCAGCAAGAAUAGCAACAAACAUAGAAGUGAACUCAUCAACUGAUAACACGAGAAAUUCUGCAGGGCAGAAGGGAGUGGAGUGUAUGAUAUAAGUUAAAGGGGUUGAAAGGGAGACUUACAGCAAAGAAUACUACUCUUGUUCAGAUUUGAUGGAGAAAUCAAAAUUCUACAGUUCCAUAUGUUUGCUCUAGUUCUGUGAGUAGUGUAUUCUUUGGACACGUAGUUUGCUUUGGGUAGGGCUAUCUUGAUUAAUGUUGAUUCUUCCAAUCCGUGGUAUUAUUAGCUUCAGUUUUCUGAGUAUAAAAACCUCCUUGGUUAAGUUUAUUUCUAGGUAUUUGAUGCAAUUUAAGUGAAAAAAGUGAAGGGGCUGCAAAUGGCAAAAUACCUUUUUUAUGGUUGAGUCAUAUCCCAUUGUGUAUGUAAGUAUGGGUAUCAUCUUUAUUCAUUCAUCUGUUGCUGUGCACUUAGAAUGCUUCCAUAUAUCUUCACAAUAACAAAUAAUGCUAUUAAUAGUGGGUGUACCCUUUUGAAUUAGUAUUUUUAGGUUUUUUGACUAUAUGCUCAGGAGUGGCUGCACCAAUUUACUACAUUCCCUCUAACAGUGUACCUACCCUUUUCUCUACAUACUUUGCCAACAUUUGUUAUUUAUAUUCUUUUGGAUGAUGAUGGCCAAUACUCAAUCGCCCAUCUCAUCUCUUACAGUAUCUUCUGAAGGGGAAAAAGGAGUCAGUGUAUUUACACAGCUGUAGAGCCAAUAAAAAGUGCUGAGUGAUAUAUAACAUAAGAUUAUCAACUAAUUCAAGAUGAUAGUGGAUUGAGAAGGGGGUUCGUAAGGCUCCAUCACACUCUUUUCCACUUGUGCAUUCAUAAGGCUUUAUUUGUAGCCCCAAACUGGAAACAAGCAGAAGGUCCAUUAACAGAUAAACGGAUAGACAAAACCAUGGUACCAUACGGGUGAGUUACUCAGCUAUAAAAGACUGAAGUAUUUACAUAAUAAGCAACAUUUAUGAAUCACAAAGUAUGAUUAUGCAGCAUGGAGAAAAGCACAAUUUUUUAAAAGUAAACAUUUCAUGAUUUGAAUCAUAGAAAAUUCUAUAAAACUAAUCUGUAAAUCAAUAGUGGCUGUGAGGGCAAGAAGCAACUUGCUUUAAAGGGUCCUCAUAUUAAUGCUGCUCUGUGUCCCUCCCUGGGGAGGGAACCCUUCAUGUUUAGUUCCAGUUUUCUGGAGUUUUCUGGAACAAAGAACCUAAAACUGAGUUAUAGAUAUGGUCAGUGGUUUCACAGGUAUACACUUUUGUUAAAACUAGUCAUAAACAAUUUAAAUCAAUUAUACCUCAAAUAGAAACCUUAAAUCCUCUUUUCACCCCCUCAUAACCAGAGGUUUAGAAAACCUAAACUGACUCCACUCUUCCUCCUCAUGUCUUGGGAAGGGCAGCCCUGCAUCAGGGGUGGGGGGACCCAUUUCUGAGUCAGCAGUAACCAUGCUGGGCCACAUAAACUAUAUCCCUGGGUGGUGGGACCUCCCUUCUACUCUUGUCUAUGCAGCAGUGUCCAGAGGCUACAAAAAUAAAAAAUUUUUUUUUUUUUUUUGCUUUGACAGUGGCCCCUCCACAGAAGGGACACAGGUAUGGUGUGUACAUGCUCAUCCCACAGUGGCUGGACCAUCUGUGGAGGCACAGUGUCCUCCAGUGUUUCUGUGUGAAGAUUACAACCUCGGGUAGUUUUAUAAACCAGUGCCACCAGAACUCUAGCCAUGAAGGUCCAGGGAAACAGCUUCCCUACAACAGUGCUCAGCAUUAUGUGACAUCCUUGGGAAAAGGGAACCGAUUUAACUUCGCACAGAAGCACUAGAGGUUGUCAUGACAACUCCAGCCUCCUCCAGGUGACUGCUAGGUCUGCGGCAUCCCUGGCACCCAGGCCGUAAGUUAGGACUACAAAGCCCCCCAGCCGUCCCAGGGGACUUCGGGCCGCAAUGCAAGCUAGACCAGAACCGGAAGAAGGUAAACCUGCCGCUGCUAUUACCCAGAUCUUAUCAGCCAGAGGGGAGGGAAAGAGGGGCCCCUGAAAAUUAAUCAUAGUGUCCUGGAGAGAAGCAGGACAGAAAACAGACACACCUGCUCUCCCUGACUGCACUGGGUGCCUGACACACUGUUGGAACCUAGAACCUGCCAAGUGGUAGAGGUGAGGCUUCUCCCACAGAAGCUGAAAAGGAUGCAAUUCAGACAAGGGAACCAGUAGUAGAAUAUGCAAACAGGCUCCUGAAAGCCUCCCACAGGGGAUGCGCAGGUGUACAGGUUCAACUUCAGAUAGUUCCCUCACAAAGGAACUCCUGGUUCCUGUAGGUGCAGUCAUGAGGUCAUCUGGUGUGAAGUUUUCUGUGUUGAAUGAUGUGGGAGCUUUGACUGAAGGAUUUCCCACACUCCCCACACUCAUAAGGCUUUUCUCCUGUGUGAACUCUGCGGUGCUGAAUUAGGUUGGACUUCUGGCUGAAGGAUUUCUCACACUCAUCACAUUUAUAAGGUCUGGCUCCUGUGUGAAUUCUCUGGUGUUGAUUGAGAGUGGAGCUGUGGCUAAAGGAUUUCCCGCAUUCACUGCACUCAUAAGGCCUUUCUCCAGUGUGAAUUCGCAGAUGCUGCACGAGUUUGCAUUUAUAGCUGAAGGAUUUUCCACAUUCACUGCAUUUGUAAGGCCUUGCCCCACUGUGAAUCUUCUGGUGCUGAAUGAGGUUGGAGCUCUGGCUAAAGGAAUUCCCACACUCACCGCACUUAUAAGGCCUGGCUCCAGUGUGAACCCUCUGGUGUUUAAUGAGAGUGGAGCUGUAGCUAAAGGCUUUCCCACAUUCACCACACUCAUAAGGCCUCACUUUAUUGUGGACUUGAAGGUGCUGCACAAGUCUUAGUUUGUAGGUGAAGGCUUUUCCACAUUCAACGCACUUGUAAGGCCUUGCUCCAGUGUGAAUUCUGUGGUGUUGAAUGAGUUUAUAGCUUUGGUUAAAGGAUUUCCCACAUUCAUUGCACUCAUAAGACUUUGCUUCUAGGUCAGCUCUCUGGCAGUUAAUUAGAAUGGAGCUUUGGUUAAAGGGUUUCUCACAGUCAUCACAGUUGUAAUAACUCUCUCUAGUGUGAAUUUGCUGAUGCUGAAAAAGUGUGUAUUCAUAACUGCAGAGAUCCCUAUAUUCACCGUCCUUGAAAUGACUUUUUCCACUGUGAAAGGAUUCCUCAUGCUUGAAGCUGCUGUGUGGUGGUGCCCCUUUGAGGGUGGCCUGAUGUUGGAGAAGAUUCAAUACCGCCAGGAAGUCUUUCCCAACUUCCUCACAGGUGAAGGGCUUCCCUGAAACACGGAAUUUGCAGCUCGUCACAAAGGAGGCCCUGUCUACGUCCCUUUUGAAUGGCCUCUCUGCAUUGUGCUUCUGGUGCUGGUGAAGGUUUGGACUGGCCCAGAACUGCUGUCCACAUGCCUCACAGGUGUGUGACUCCUGCCCAGGAUGUGAUUCUUGGUACUCAGCCAGGUACCAGAUACCUCUCCUGGCCACACAUUUCUCACAGGGCUGAGUCUUCUGAAUGGACGGGUCUGGAUGUAGACUCUUGCCUGGUGAAAUUUGUUCCACAGAUACCUUCUGCACAGAAAAUGCUUCCUCGUCCUCCAUUCCAUACCAACAACCUGAAAGCACAGAAACGCUGGUGAAAUGCAUGACUCAUGUGGGAGGGGCAGCAACAAAAGUGUGUCAGACACCGCAAAGAAUGAGUCCACUGGAUUGUUUUCAAGACAAGGCUGAUGGAGGGCUGUUCUGCAGCACUGGGACUCUACAAGAAACACGUUUCUAGAAUACUCCCGGCUCAAUCUGACCUCCACCACACUGUCAGAAACAGCGCUGUACCCACGACCUCCACCCCCGCCUGGACUCCGGGGUCCGGGCCGCAGUCCAGUCACCUCGGACCCGACCCAGGGCCCGGGAACCGCUCAGCAGGAAAGAGACCGGACCACCACCACUGGGAGGUCGCCAGAAGUCCCGCCCCAAUGCGAUGGCACGCACGGAAAUGCCCUGGUCCCGGAACUUCAUUGGCUCCACGCCGGCGCAAGGGCUUCUGGGAAAUGCGGUUCUCACAGCUCAGUGCCGGACCUGCGCCCCACACCAGCUCCUCCUGAAACAAAGGUGAAGCCCGCCGCCGUGAGGGUCCCAAGGGCAAGGAAGGGGACUCGUUCUUUAAAGGGACUGUGCCCAGAUUCCCGGAGGUGCCUGCACCUGAUCAAUGAAGUGUUUAGAGAUACUACAAAGACUCCAUGAAGUUCAGCAUGCUUCCAGAGGCUACGAGUACUAUUCCAGGUGCAUCCAAAGGGACAUAACAUUCCAUAGAAUCCAUCACACAGUGUGUCCACUUGCAGCUGAAAAUGAAUAAAGCUUAUUUUAUUGCUUCUCUUGUGCACAUCAUUCAGCUCUGUGGUGUAACGUGUUUGUGAGUAUAUUUCACAGGGUCAAGGUAAAAGAGACCUCUGUGGGAAGCUGUGAAGAAUGGACCUCACCGAUUAGGCUUUCAUUCUCUCAAGGGUCACAGAAAACCUUUUCACAAAGAAGGCGCCAAAAGCGAAGGAAGCCCUUCCCAAAGCAAAGGCUUUGAAGGCCAAGAAAGCAGUGCUGAAAGUUGUCCACAGCCACAUUAAAAAAAAAAAAAAAAAAAAAAAAA